AUGCUUUCGGGUCUUUUGGAUCGGACGUGGGAUUUCCGGUCCUGGCAUGCUGUCCGGGAUUCUUUCUGCAAAGCUGCGGAAUUGGGACUUCUUAGUGUUGAAGAUUUACGGGCCGUCAUUGCCCAUGCGGCCGAUGCAGGUCCAAUGAGCUUGGUGAAAGACAACGGCAAACUGCAAAUCGUGCAAUCUAUUGAGAAAGAACAUCUCAUCUACGGGCUAUUGACAUCUCUGGCCAAUUCUAGGGUCCUUGAACUGGCUGACCUUGGACGCGAUUUUCUCUCACGACUGUUGAGGAAGGUUGGAAACAAUAGACGCCUCACAUCUACCGCGCAACGAAUCUUAUGGGACCUCUCUCCAUGGGCCUCCGAACACGAUGCGCCACUCAUUAGUCGGCUCAUCAUGAUACAUCUCAGGGCUCGAUGUCGGGACAACCCUGAUGAAGAAGUGGGGCAACGGCUCGCGAAGCGUCUCGCGAAAGUCGAACCAAAAGCUCUACAACUGUCUCUGUUGCAGACAACAGAUGAUUUGAUCCGCAUCGGACAAGAAGAUACGACGUCGAUCUAUGCCUACCUUCUCCAUCAUUGGACCGGGACUUUGGCAUUGCUGGGGUCGCGACAGGCGCCUUUGCUGACAAAAGAUACCUGGGUUAUUCAUUCAUCCAACGCAAGCAGUCUAAGCACAGAGCAGCGUUUGGCAGCAUUUGCCUGGGCUUCCUUGUGCCUCGGAAAGUGUCGACGAAAGUCGCCAGCCCUCUCAGAGAGGCUACAAUUCCUCGAUUCCUUUGGCAAGACACUCAAAUCUAUACCAGAACUGGCCACGGAGGGGUUUCUUGACCGUUCCAUCCUCGCCAUCGACAGCUUGCCCCUUCCAAACAAACACGUACUACUGCAGAAUCUCUAUAGAAUCGCUGACCGCGACCCUCUUCCUAUAUUGCUGGAGUCAGAGUCGUCCUCUGACAUUGAAGGGUUUCGAUACCGGAGUUUCUCGCUUUUUCUCAGCCACAACCUGUAUGAAAAUGCUCGAAUCAGCCACCAUGAUGUGCUCACAGUGCUGGCGGAGUCACUAAAUCAUGAUCUCCCCCUGUUCAAGAUGUUGUCACGAAGGAUGAUUCAAAAGAGCCCGCUCUCUUUCGAGAUCAUCUCUAGAAUUCUGGACAACAAUAUCUCUUUCAAGCUGGCGCUCUCUCAAGCGUUUCCUCAACGGCUACUGGCAGUACAACAAGGGGCGGAACCCUCGGACGAGGCCCCCUCCCAAUUUAUCAGUUUCUUGGGAGAGGUGGGCGGCCGACCCGCCUGUCGAAAUAACGUUCAGACCAAACAUUCCGGCAUACCGUCCCCGGUGGAUGCCUUGGACCUAAUCAACCACCUCGCAGUGUCUUUUGCGACCUCGACUGUGACGAGUCCUCGAGCCUCGCUCCGUCGGGUCUAUUGGUGCUAUAUGUUCCUGCAUCGCUAUGGCGGCCCUGUGCAGCCUACUAUCGCACGAGCGUUGUGGCAUGUUGGUGUCGCCCGGUAUGGCGAGUCGGGCACUUCAAGGACGCUUCUGAAGUGGAUCCUGUGGCAAGUCAAAAAUACCGAGGGCGAGGAUGUAGCGAGACAUCUGCUCUGGAGCCAAUCCCUUCGAGAGCAAUGGCAGCGAGACUUGGAAGAUUUGAGCAAGGUCGACGAAUCCGAGGAAAAACACCUUUUAGCGGAAAUGGCGACAGGUGAAGAUGCGGCACCGUCGAGCCAUUCCAUAGGCAUCCCCGCUUCCGCCGACCUCGAGACUCUGCGAAAGAUCCAUUUCGUCCAAACAGAACCCGAAGAGCUGCCCUUUUUCUUUGAAAAGUCGAGGAGAAGAGCGGAUUGGGACCAAGCCCAGGCUAAGAAAGCCAAGGCCCUCGAACGGCAAGGCAAAUAG